AUGGAGAAACGGAAAACACUCAAUUUACGAUCCAAAAAAACAAUAUUAUCUUCUUCUCCUCAAACACCACCAACUCGUAGUAUUAGUGACAGCGAUAUUAGUGAAUUUGAUGAAAAAGAACCACUGAACAAUCGUGUUUGCCGCCGUGACCAUACAUCAAAGAGACUCCAACAGCGAACACCAAGUAAUGCACCAUCUACAGCGAUGCGAAAUAAUAGUACUGCACGUUGUCCGCAACAUUAUAAUGAAAAUGAUAAUGAAAAUAUUCCAGCGAUAAAUCAAGGGUUAUGUGUUAAUAAUCACAACAGUCAUAGUGCUCAUCGUGGUAGUGAUUUUUUAGAACUAAAUCAAAAUGAAUUUUAUGAUAGACAAAAAUCAAACCACCUUUAUCAAUACCAACAACGAAAGCAACAGAGAAGAGGACGCCAUGGCAGUGGUGGUGAAGUGAAUAAUAAUGAUCAACAUCGUUUGAGUUUAAUACCACUACCACUCAUUGAUAUUAUGAUAAUUUUAUUUAGAUUAACUGUUUUAAUUUUAGCGUUAGCUAUUAUCGGUUAUUGUUGUUAUUUCGUGUUUAAAUUUUUAAAACCAAAACCAAGACAAACAUUCUGGGAGAGAACAUUUACAUCUGUUACUGAUUGGCUACAAGGAGAAUAA